AUGGACAACGGCGCCUCAGACCCUCGUGCGGGCAAACGGCCCUGGUACCAGCCCAUCGACCCUUUGCAACGAGGACCAGUCCCGGAAGUUCCACACCAUCGCACACAAUGUCCGGAAUACCAGACCAGCCUGUUCGGCCGCCUGACUUUCGGCUGGAUGACCCCCAUCAUCGCGGCCGGAUAUCGAAGACCCCUGGAGAAGACAGACCUCUGGCUCGUCAACCCCGAAAGAAGCAUCAAGAUUCUCAAGAUGCGUUUCGACGGCGCCUUCCGAGAGCGCGUAAGGCAGAAGAGCAAACACCCUCUGGCGGCUGCCCUGCACGACACCUUCAAGCGCGAGUUCUGGAUUGGCGGCAGCUGGCUUUUUGUGGCGUGUAUCUGUCAAACCCUGAUUCCUUUUGUCCUGCGCUUCCUCCUCGCCUUUGUGGAAGAGGCGUACAAUGGAUCUGGCCAGUCGGUGGGAGUUGGGCUGGGGCUGGUCUUUGGCAUCGUGGGGAUGCAGAUCAUCCAAAGCGUCGGCACAAAUCAGUUCAUCUACGCUGGCUUCAUGGUUGGUGCUCAGGCAAGAGCUGUACUUGUCGCCACUCUCUUCGAUAAAAGCUUGAAACUAUCGGAAAGGGCACGUAUUGGGGGACCCAGACUUUUGGCUGCCUCAUGCUCAGAGACAGACACCACUACGAAACAGAGGAAGAAAAAAAAGAAGAUGAAGACGUCAAGCGAGGAAGAUUCGGAAGGCUACUCCGCCGGGCGCAUCACAACAUUGAUGUCGGCAGACGCCGGACGCGUUGACAUGGCAGCGGGCAUGUUUCACUUUCUUUGGUCCGCCCCGCUCCAGAUUCUCCUGUCAUUCGCACUUCUCCUGGUCAACAUCACAUAUUCCGCAGUUGCUGGCUUCGGUCUGCUCUUCUUCGGAAUCGCCGGGCUUACUUUCGGCCUCAAGUCCCUCCUUGCGCGCCGGAAAACCAUCAACCCUGUCACUGACGCCCGAAUCUCGCUCACGCACGAAGUGCUCGGAUCGGUGCGCUUCAUCAAGUAUAACGCUUGUGAAGAACCGUUUCUGAACAAACUUGCGCGUCUGCGCGGCGAGGAAGUCAUAGGGGUUACCAAGCUGAACGCCAUGCGCAAUGCCCUCAAUUCCGUGUCCAUCGCGCUCCCCAUCUUCGGAGCGAUGCUAUCCUUCAUCGUAUACUCCAAAACAGGUCACAGACUGGCGGUAGCACCCGUGUUCUCAUCCUUAGCUCUCUUCACGGCGCUGAGAGUUCCAUUCAACAUGCUCCCCCUCGUCAUCGGGCAGCUGGCAGAUGCAUGGACCGCCGUGGGACGACUGCAGGACUUUUUCAUGGCCGAGGAGUACAAGGAGGAGAUCAGAUGGGACGAGACAGCAGAUGAGGCGAUCAGCCUUGAGGAUGCAAGCUUUGUGUGGGAAAAGUCGCCCAACGCGUAUGCAGAUCCGGAGAAGCAGACCAGGCCUUUCUCGCUCGACAACAUCAACCUCUCCAUCAAGCGGGGCGAGCUUCUCGCCGUUGUGGGCUCCGUCGGCUCCGGCAAAUCGUCGCUGCUCUCUGCUCUCGCCGGUGAGAUGCGCAAGAUAGACGGCCAUCUCACUCUCGGCGCAUCUUCGAGAGCAUAUUGCCCCCAGCGAGCGUGGAUCCAGCACGCCACAUUGAAGGCAAACGUCAUCUUUGGGCAGCCGUUGGAUCCCAUGAUGUACGAACAGGCCAUCCAGGCUUGCAGUCUCGGGAUCGACAUCGACGCCCUCCCAGCGGGCGAACAGACGGAGAUUGGGGAGCGUGGUGUCAACUUGAGCGGCGGACAACAACAGCGCGUCAACCUCGCGCGGGCGAUCUACUCGGACAGCGACAUCAUUCUCAUGGACGACCCGUUGUCUGCGGUCGAUGCGCAUGUCGGGAAGCACAUCUUCAAGCAUGCGAUAUGCGAUAUGCUCAGGCACAAGACGAGGAUUCUCUCGACACACCAACUGCACGUUCUCAGCCGUUGCGACAGGGUUCUGUGGCUUGAGGAUGGACGGAUCAAGCUUCUCGGGACCUACGCCGAUCUAUUGGCCACGGAGCCCGAGUUCCGAGACUUGGUGGCACGGGCCCAGCAGGACGAGAACUCGGAUGAAACUCAAGCGCCGAAAGAACUACCAGUUCGCGAUUCAAUCAAGCCUUCAGCUCUGAGUCCCGGGUCACUCGUACAAGAUGAGGAAAGGGCCGUGGGUAGCUUGUCCUGGACCAUGAUCAAGACAUACCUGCGAUCAUCCGGAAGCCUCAUCUAUGGCAUCGCUCCUAUCUUGUUCCUCAUUUUGGCCCAGAGCUCAAAUGCCCUGACGAGUAUCUGGGUCGCGUUCUGGUCUUCGAACCGCUUAAACCUCGCCGAGAACACGUACAUCGCACUUUACGUCGUCAUCGGGUUCCUCCAGGCCAUAUUGCUCUUUUCCUUUGGCGCAUCGGUCUCUGUUCUCUCCGGACGAGCCACCCGGAAGAUGGUCGAUCACGCCACCGCCCGUGUGGUUCAGGCCCCUUUAUCCUUCCACGAUACGCAACCGCGAGGCCGUAUUCUCAAUCGCUUGUCGCGAGAUGUUGAGGUGAUGGACAACCAGCUCCCGGACUCAGUCCGCACGUUCAUGUACUCCAUUGCUAUUGUCACCAGCAUCGUGGUCAUGCUCGGCAUCUUUGUCCACUGGUUCCUGGUCGCGGUGCCAGUGCUGAUUGGCAUCUUUCUUUAUGCUAUGGCAUACUACCGGGCGUCGGCAAUACAGCUCAAGCGCUAUGAAGCCACGCUCCGGGGCGUCAUGUUUGCCCGCUUCAGCGAGUCCAUCACGGGCAUCCCGACGAUUCGGGCAUAUGGAGUACAGGACCAGGCAAGAAAGACGGUGCACGAUGCCAUCGACGACAUGGACUCGGCUUACCUGUUAACCUUAAGCAACCAGCGGUGGGUGACCUGUCGUCUCGACUGUGUUGCCAUACUGGCGGUGAUGACGGUUGGGCUCAUCGUCGUGCUGCUCCGGUUCACAGUGCACCCAAGCGAAUCAGGCUUGGUGCUCUCGUACUCCUUGGCCAUCACCCAGGUGAUGCAGCUCGUCGCACGCCAGAUGUCCGAGGUCGAGAAUGCCAUGAUCUCGACAGAGCGGCUUCAUGAAUAUGGGACCGAACUGCCUCAGGAGUCAUCACCACAGGCACCAGGCAUCUUGCCUGUCCCAGAGACCUGGCCAACAAAGGGCAAGAUAAACAUGAUCAACGUGCAGCUGCGUUACCGGCCAGGACUACCACUCGUACUGCACGGCCUGAAUAUGAGUAUUCACGGGGGCGAGAAAAUCGCGAUUGUUGGGAGGACUGGUGCAGGCAAGUCAUCAAUAUCGACUGCACUCUUCCGGCUGGUCGAGCUCUCAGCUGGGUCCAUCUCCAUCGACGGCAUAAACAUCGCCCAAGUGCCGCUUCAUGACCUCCGGUCCCGCAUCUCCAUCGUCCAGCAAGACCCCAACCUCUUCCGUGGCACCGUCCGGUCGAACCUCGACCCCUUCAACCAAUACGGAGACCCCGAGCUUUGGGACGUGCUGCGCCGGGUCGGCCUCGGUGACAAAGACGCCGACAAUCUCGCUGCCGGGCGCGUCACUCUCGACAGCCCUGUCGAGGAGCACGGUACCAACUUCUCACAGGGCCAGCGGCAGCUGAUUAGCAUAGCACGAGCGCUCCUCCGCAACAACCGCAUCAUCCUGUGCGAUGAGGCUACCUCGUCAGUCGAUCUCGAGACAGACGCUCGGAUCCAACGAGCCAUCAUGGAGGUCUUCGCUGGGCGGACCGUGCUAACCAUUGCUCAUCGGCUCAAGACCAUUGUUGGGUAUGACAGGGUGUGCGUCCUUGAGCAGGGACAGAUUGUAGAGUUUGACUCGCCGUUGACGCUCUGGGAGCAAGAGGACAGCGCCUUCCGCGGCCUAUGUGACAGGGGUGGUGUGGAGAGUGGGGAUUUCUUCGCUGAUAGACUUGACAGGUUGGCGAGAGGGGAGGGGAGGAGGCAUAGUCAGUAUGGUAGUUAAGCGAGGUGAGGCUCCACCACCGU